AGAUAUCUAUAGAAGUAAAGAAAUUUGAAGCAAUGAAGUUCAAAAAUACAUCAAUAUCUUUUCUUGUUAUGCUUCUUGUAUUCGUUGCGUGUUUUUGGAAGACAGAAGCUCAACGUUGCAUAGUUGGUCGGCUUAGGGGACAGGAUGGAACAUGCAACCAAGAAAACGACGCAGAUUGUUGUUCUGCUGACGAGGAGUACCCCACAAAUACCUGUUCGCCUCCAGUAACAGGUAAUACUCGUGCAGUUUUAACAUUAAACAGCUUUGAAGCAGGUGGCGAUGGUGGCGGUGAAUCAACUUGUGACAACAAAUACCACUCUGAUAACGAACUUAUUGUUGCACUAUCGACUGGAUGGUUCAAUAAAAGCAAAAGGUGCAACAAGUUUGUUACCAUCAAUGGUAACGGGAGGAGAGUGAAGGCAAAAGUUGUGGAUGAAUGUGACUCUACUAUGGGAUGUGAUGAAGAACAUGAUUUUCAGCCUCCGUGUCGUAAUAAUAUUGUUGAUGCCUCGAGAGCAGUUUGGAACUCCUUGGGGGUUCCUCGCGAUAGGCAAGGAGAAUUAGAUAUUACAUGGUCAGAUGCUUGAAAAUUUCAUCUUAUCUGUUAACUAAUGCAAUAAAAGACUGUGUAAUAAUAUACAUUAGGUUAUUUAUGUGUAAUAAUAUAUAUUACGUUAUUUGUGCGUAACAGAAGUUUGUGCGAUAAAAAAGAUUGUGAAAUUAUAUUGUGUUAUUUGUGGUU